AUGUCUAAUAACGAAGUUGAAUGCAGUUGCUCAGUAUGCUCUCCAAAUGGCAGAUACUCUGUUAUGGUCUCUUUCCAGACAUGCCAUAGACAUUUUGCAGAUGAUGUACAAAGAAAUUUCCAAAGACAAUCUUCAAUAGACAUGGUGAAUGACAAUGAUAAUGACAUGGAAAUUGAUGUCAAGACAAAUAUUUCUGAAGAUCUUAAAUCUGUUUACAACUUACCCGGUUCUAAUGAUGAGGAUUUGUCCAACUCUUACGAAUUCAAUAACAAAUGUGAAAACAUCAAAGAACAAUUGUUUAGUCAUGAAAUGCCAGCAGAUCUAACCCACAGUUUCAUCGCAUCCUUUGCUGCAUAUUUUAUAUCCAAAUACAUAAUCAAUUCUGGUAGUGCUAUCUUUAUCAAGUUUACCAAUGAGGUGCUGGCACAUUUUGGACAAUCAUUUUGUCUGCCGUUGAGUCUGAAGCGUUUGAAUUCAUUGACGGGUCUAAGCACAUUGACUGCAGACAUCCAUCGCUUUGUACCAUGUGACAAAUGCCAUAAGAUUUUUUCUGAGUCAGCAUCCAAGUCUAGUCCUCAGUGUUGCGACUUCAGAAAGUUGUCUGGAAACACAUGUGGAAACAAUUUGUUCUUGGAAGCCCCCAAUAGCUUGGAUAGAUCAAGAAAGGUCUACAUGUACAACUCGAUAACAACAGCAUUGUCCAUCUUCUUUUUGCGUCCUGGAUUUGAGAGAUCAAUUAACCUCUGGAGAUUCCAACAGGAGGAAAAAUACAAGAAGCAAAACAUUGUCCUUGUGGGACUUAUGCCAGGUCCAAGCAAAGCCAAAACGCAUCAGAUAAACCAUUAUCUUUGCCCUCUUGUAGCCGAGCUAAACCAAUUGUAUUCUGGUGUUGCUAUUCCAACAAACGAGUGUUCUUCCGGUACCUUGGUCCGUGCUGCAAUUCUUCUCGUUGCUUGUGACAUCCCAGCUGCAAGGAAAACAUGUGGAUUUAUAUCGCAUGCCAGUACUAACGCAUGCCAUGUAUGCAACUGCCAAUAUUCUUGUUGUUCAGAUGGCAAGGGUAUGGACCAUUCUGGUUUCAAAUUCUCUGAUUGGAUUUUCAACACUGAUGAAAAGAACAAAAUAAAUGCAGAGAGAUGGAGACAAGCUGGUAGCAAUGUUAAAAGAGCAAGGUUAGAGAAAGAGAAUGAUGUCUGCUGGUCAGAGCUCCAUCGGCUUCAAUACUUCAAUGCAGUUGAGUGUAUCAUCAUAGAUCUGAUGCAUAAUCUCUUCCUUGGCAUGGCAAAAAGGAUGAUGGAGAAAUAG